AUGUUAUCAAGAUCAUCAACACCAAUUGUCAGAAAUAUAAUCAAAGCUUCUGAAAGUUCAGGUCCUAUUCUCAACUUUGUUAAGAGAUUAAUCUUCUUUGGACAAAAAGGAAACUCGACGAAACCUAUUUCACACAACAUUUCAUUCACCAAUACUACUAGUGGAUCAUCUACAUUCCGAUCCUAUCACAACUAUUCCAUGCCUGACUAUCUAGUACAAGAAAUAUCCUCAGAAAUGAGAAAACAAAACUAUGCCUAUGCAAAUAAGAAACUUGGCGAAUUUACUAAAAAUUGGUUCGGAUUCUACACUUUCCAAAACAAUAAUCAAGUUGCUCUCUAUUUACAUAGCUUACUAUUGUUCGAUUCAAAGCAAAUUAUUGAUGAUGUGUCACCUCUUGUAAUGGCUUCUGAAAAUGGAUUAAAGCAAGCUCAAUUACUUCUGGCCACUAUUUCCUAUUUGGGAUUUGUUUCGACAGUCAGAGUUGGAAAAUACGAAACCUUACUUGCAAAAUAUGAUGCAUCCAGAGAUUGGACGAAUCAGAAACUUGUUGAAUCGACUGUUGAAACCUAUUUGAUUGAAUUGGUUGAAAUAUUUGAUUCCAAUUUUGCUCACUAUGCAUUGGGAAAGUUUUACCUUAAAACUAAACAAUACGAAAGGGCAAUGGAUCAUUUUAAUGUUGCUGCUUCAAGAAACUACAAGAAGGCAAUCUUGGAACAAGCACUCCUCUUGAGAAGUGGUUCUCCUGACGGUGUCAUUUCUAAAAAUCCAUUCAAAUCCUUAGAAUUGUUUAAACAAGUAAGAUUCAAUUCGAUAGCUCACAAAAACUUGAUAGAAAUGUUUAGAAAUGGAGAAGGACUAGCAAAGGCAAGUUAUAUCAGGGUGGUGUUUCAAAUAUUCAGGUAUCUCAUGGUCAGAAUUGCAAAGAGAACAGUAGGUGGCUUUGCCUAUGUCUUUUUGGAAAUUACCUGGUACAUGUUGGCUUUUUCAAUGGCCUCACUAGUUUUAGGACUUGUCUUGGAAUGGUAUUUGAACAGGUAGUUGCAUGUAAAUAGUAAAUAAAAGAAAAUUGUGAUU